GUUUUAUCAAAUUCCUACACUCCACGCUGCAUGACGAGCAGUCGCUGGUGGUAAUAUGGCCGCCAAAGUCUUAGAACAGCUGAUUGCACGAGGUCGACGGGAACGCAAACCCACAGAGCAGCGGGAAGUGUCGUUCAACCUGGCUGAAAUCUCCACGAACCCUGAAUUCCAUGUGAAAAUGGUCGAGAAAGGCGUGGUGCGGUCGCUCAUGCACCUGAUUACAGACUCGUCCGACGACCAAGCCCUUCGUUUUGCGUGCUUAUGUCUUGGCAAUACCUCAUCGACUGCAUCGAUACGGCUGAAGAUCGUCGAAGAAGGCGUGUUGCCGCCGCUCAUAGCGCUAAUGAACAAAGAGGGCGGCGAUAUAGUUGGCAAGCAGUACUCGGCCAUGACGAUUGGCAACUUGGCCGCAGAGCCCGAAAACCACGAGGAAAUCGUCAAAUUGCAUGCCAUUUCAGCCUUGGUGAGUUCCGUGGAUCCAGAAGAACCGUCACUCGGUGCAUAUGCUGCAUUUGCGUUGGCUAAUCUUGGCGUGAACAACGAAUACCGGCCACUAAUCGUCGAGCAAAGCGCCAUCCCUCGCCUCAUAGCUUUGGCAUGUUGUAGCGACCUCAGUGCCCAACGGCAAUCUAUGGCCGCUUUGCGAGGCAUCUGCAUCACACCUGAUUACCGAAUGAUUGUCGUCAAGGAAGGUAUCUUGGACCCGUUGGUGCUCAUGGCUCGAUCCGACGAAAUCGACAUUCAGCGAGAGGUCGCCGCCUCGUUCUGCACGUUGUCUUGCAUGGAAGGCAACAAGAUGGAGAUCUCGGACCGCGCCUUACUCACGAUCGUGUCCAUGUGCUUGUCAGGGGAUCCGUCGGUGGAGCAGCAUGCUUGCUGCACGCUGGCCAACCUCAUGGAGAUGCCAGAGCUUCAUCCAAAGCUAUUACGUGAGAACGGCCUCGCGUCCGUGCUGGCGUUGGCAUCGAGCGACGAGCCCAACACCAAGGCGGAAGCGUGUCGUUGCCUGGCCAAUCUUAGCGCCAACGAAGACGUCCAAGAGACGCUCAUGGUACAAGGAGUACUCGACCCGAUUUCCAAGGCACUCGUUGUCGGCCAUCAUGUGUGCCAGCGAUUUGCAGCCCUCACCCUGGCAAACCUCAGCGUAGUCGGAGCCAAUCAAAUCGCAAUUGUCAGCCUGGGGCUCAUCCGUCCCAUCAUUGCAUUGGCCCAAGCAUUCGAUCGAGAACUUGAAGCCCGGCGCUACGCUGUACUGGCUAUUGCCAACCUUGCCGCUAUGCUGGCCAACCACCCUGCCAUUGUUGAAGAAGGCGGGCUCCUCGCGCUAUUUUCGCUCUCGAGCUCGUCGGACGCUCUCAGCCAGUAUUACGUUGCGUACGCGUUGGCAAAUCUAGCGUCCAACGAAGCAAACCACACCCGGAUGGUGGAAGAAGGCGGCUUGCAACCCAUCAUUACUCUAGCAUGUUCCGCCGACUCGGACGCACACCAUCAAGCUGCCGCGGCGCUCCGGGGGCUGAGUGUCACCGGUGCCAACAAGAUCAAAAUCGUGCAAGAAGGUGGGUUGGAACCGCUCGUGCGCCUGCUCGUGUCCGACGACGUCGAGAUCCUUCGUGAAGUGUGCGGCGCACUGUGCAACUUGAGCGUGAGCGAAGAAACCAAGUACGAAAUCGCCAAAAGCGGUGCCGUGCCGCCGCUGAUCGCCCACGCGCAGUCCGAAGACAUGCAGGUGGCACGGCAGUGUACCGGAACCUUGGCCAACUUGGCCGAAGUGGACGAGAACCAAGCGAUGAUUGCGCUGGAAAAUGGCAUUUCUCCGAUGAUUACGUGCAUGCGGUCCCAGUUUGUCGAGGUCCAGCGGGAAUCGGGUCGCGCGUUGGCCAAUUUGUGUGCGCGGCACGCCAACCAGACGGAAAUCGUCCAGUCGGGUGGUCACCAGCUUCUCAUUUCGUACCUGCUGUCUCCAGACAUGGCAUGCCAGCGCGUGGGGGCGUUGGGGUUGUGCAAUCUAUCCACAAACCCUGACCAGCGGGUCGUUCUCAUGGAGAGCGGCUCCAUGGAUCCGCUGAUGUCGCUCGCUCGCUCCGAAGAUGUCGAGGUGGAGAUCCAACGGUUUGCCAUUUUGGCCAUUGCAAACUUGGCGUCGUGUGUGGAAAACCACAAGAUCAUGGUCCGCGAAGGGUCGAUUCCGCUGCUCAUUAGCUUGUCCAGCGCGCCGGAUCAGGAAGUGCGGCAGUAUGCCGCGUACGCCUUGGUCAAAGUCGCCUUGAAUGCUGACUUGCGCAAAAAAAUCACGGAAGAAGGCGGGUUGGAACCCGUGCUGUUCUUGGCUCGAACCGAAGACUCGGACAUUCACCGGGAUGUGUUGCCAGCACUGUGCACGCUCUCAUUUGCAGAUGCCAACAAGGCGGAAAUUUGCAAGAGUGGGGGGCUGCCGCCGCUGAUUUCGUCGCUGAGCUCCACAAACGGCGCCACACACCGACAAGCGUGUUGUGCGUUGGCGAAUUUGAGUGAAAACAUCGAAACCCAGAGCCGCAUUGUGAAUGCCGGCGCGAUUGUCCCGUUAGUCGACGCCGUCACCACGGGCAACGAAGUGAUCCAACGAGAAGCCGCCCGGGCGCUCGGCAACUUGGCCGCCAACUGCGACUACGGCUACGUGAUUCUCAAACAAGGCGCGGUGCCGCCGUUGAUCACCCUCUUGGCGAGCGAAGUCGUCGAGUGCCAGCGCAUGGCGUCGAUGGCGCUGUCCAAUUUAGCGACGAAUGUCGACAACCAGCCAAAGAUGCUGUCGAUGGGGAUUCUCGAACCCGUGAUCGCCCGUCUGGACGAGGCGCUGGACCCGCGGUCGGUAGCCGACAACGAAACCAUUCGUUACUGUUUGCUCGUGCUCGCCAACUUGGCCGUGUCCCACGGCACCCACGAACAACUCAUGGAUCGGUGUCUCACGUUGCUGUGCAACUACGCCAAGCACCGCGACGUGAAAUGCCGUCAGUUUUCCGUGUUUGCGAUUGGGAACCUCUGCAGCAACCCAGCGAAUCUCCAACGCAUUGUCGACGCGAACGCCCUCAAACCCAUCAUUUCGUUUGCGUUUCCGGGGGAUCCAAACGUUCAAUUCCAAGCGAUCGCUGCGCUGCGAGGGCUCUCCGUGAACCAAGACAUCCGCCAGCAAGUGAUGCGCCUCGGGGCCCUGGAGCCAGUGAUCCUUGCCGCGUCGUCCGAAAGCAUUGAAGUCCAGCGGGAAGUUGCCGCCACCAUGUGCAACCUGUCCAUGUGCGAAGAGAACAAAGUCACCAUGGCGCGCGGGGGGUGCCUGCCGCCCCUCAUCGCCCUCGCCCAGAGCGACGACCCGACACGGGAACGCCAUGCCAUAUGUGCAUUGGCCAACAUCGCCGAAAUGAUCGAAGGCCACACCCAGCGGAAAAUGUUUGAAGAGGGGGUGCUCACUCCCUUGUACGCGUUGUCGGGGUCGCCGGACGUGGAAAUUCGCCAGCAAGUUGCUCGAUGUCUAGCCUUGUUUGCAGCCAAGCCGUCCUCCCAGACCACCCUCUUGAGAAGCAACGCGUUGCAACACAUCAUCUCGUUCAUUCACACCGAUGACGCCAUCUGCCAACGCUUCGGCACCCUCGCCGUCGGCAACCUGGCCGUGUCGUGUACGAACCACAAGGACCUGUUCGACCAGGGGGCCAUAGCCGCCCUCAUGAGUGUGGAGCACUCGACGGACUUGGAAACAAGGCGGUGCCUGGCCUUUGCCAUCAACAACAUUGCCGGCAACGACGCCAACUGGAUUACCAUUUGCAAGAUGGGCAUCUUGCGCUCGAUCGUAUCGCUAAUGCACGACACGGACGAAGAAACGCAUUUGCAAGCGUGUUUUGCCGUGCGGCGGCUGGCCCUCGAGCCCAAAUCCCGGUCGCAAGUCGUGCUUCAUGGCGGGCUCAAGCCGCUGUUUCAACUAACUCUGUCGGAAAACGUCGAGGUGCAGCGCGAAGCCACGGCGGCGAUCCGCAACCUGAGCCUCAGCGAAGACAACAAGAUUGCGAUUGUCCUCAACGGAUUCCUCACGCCCCUCGUGACGCUAGCCCACUCGGGGGACAUUGAAGUCGCCCACCAGGCCACGGGAAUUCUGGCCAAUUUGGCUGAAGUGAUCGAAAACCAAGGCCGCAUGGUUCAAGAAGGCGUCCUCCAACACGUUAAGUUCAUUCUGCGCUCGAAAAACGUCGACAUCCAGCGCGAAGCCGUACGCACCAUCGCAAACAUGUCGGCUGAAUACGCGUACACGGCGGAAAUCGCGUCCAGUGGCGGCUUGGCGCCCCUCGUGGCCACGCUGAGCUCGCCCGACUUUUUGUGCCAGCGAUAUGGGGCCAUGGGGCUCGCCAACUUGUCCACGAACGUCGACAACGUUGCGAAACUCAUUCAGGACGGCGCCAUCCACCCGUUGACGGUGUUGGCCAAGUUUGGCAAUGGCGACGUCGACAGUCAACGGUACGCGACGUUUGCACUGACCAACCUUGCGUCGGUGCAGAGCACGCACACGCAACUGAUCGGCGGCGGCAUCAUCACGUUGUUCACGGGACUGCUGCAAGAAGAAGACGCGAGCAUUCGGAAUGCCGCGGCGUUCGGCAUUGCCAACUUUGCCGCGUUCUCUGAAAACCACCGCCUUAUCGUCGAGUCGGGCAACUGCCUCGAGGCGCUGAUCGACUUGGUGUCGAGUGCAGACGGGAAGAGCGUCCUCCGUGCGGUAUCGGCUCUGCGCGGUCUCUGCGUUGACGCUGUCAUUCGCGAAGACGUCGUCCGCAUGGGGGGACUGCCGCCGCUGCUCCGUCUCACGCACUCCAAGGACAUGGACGUACAACAAGAAGUGCUCGCGUGUCUGUGCAAUCUCAGUCUCAGUGGGUGCAUCGGCGCCGACCCCAGUUUAUUUCUGUCGGCGUGCGACGUCCAAAGUCUUGUAUCGUUCCUGUGCUCUGCGGACGCCACGUAUCGCCUCUUCGGGGCCAUCACCCUCGGCAACGUGGCUGCAAAGGCCGAGCAUCACGAGACCAUCGUUGGCUCGGGGGCCCUCACGCCGUUGAUCGAGCUCUCGCGCAGCGUCGACUUGGAAACCCAUCGGUGCAUUGCGUUUGCCCUGUGCAACUUGGCGUCCGAGCCCACCCGACGGCAAUCGAUCGUGGACAACCACGGCAUCCCCCCCAUCAUUGCUCUCGCGUGCUCGGAAAGUUCCGACGACAAGCGGACCGCCAUCGCCGCGCUCCGGGGGCUAUCUAGCACCCCCGACAGCCGCGUGAAAAUCGUCCAGGACGGCGGCUUGGAGCCGCUGAUCCUCGGUGCCACAUGCAUCGACGGGUUCGUCCGCAAGGAGGUGGCGGUGGCCGCGUACAAUUUAUCGCUGCAUGAAAAGAACAAAGCGGCCAUCGCGACGUCGCAGCUCAUGGUCGAGCUGAUCCAGUUGUGUUUGUCGCCUGACAUGGAUGUCGAGUACCACACCAAGGCCAGCUUUCACCUUGUCGCCACGUAUGCGUGCGCGACGAUUGCCAACUUGGCCGAGCUAAGCGACACCCACGGAUACAUCUUGCGCGACCGCGGAUGCAAGUUCCUUGUGGAUUUGGAAGACACUCAAGAUGCGCUCUUGAUCAAGGAAGCGCUCAAGUGUGUGUGUAACCUCGGGUGUAACUAUGACACCCACACCCGAUUACUCGAAGACAACUGCCAUCACUUGCUCGUACAUGCGCUCGACAACGCAAAUGUCGACGUGCGCAUGUUUGGCGCCAUCGGAUUGGGCAAUCUCCUCGCCAACCCCUCCACGCACGACGCGAUGUUCAAGAAAGGCAACGUCAUCGCGCCUCUCGUCCGCUUGGUGUCGGACGAGGCCUUCCCCGACCCCCAGCGAUACGCGGUGCUGGCGUUGGGUAGCAUCUUUGCCAACCCCGUGCACCACGAAUCCUGCUUAGCGCAGGGGGCGCUGGUCCCCCUGGUUCGGGCGAUGAGUGUCGAGCACUCGCUCGAAACCAGGUUCUACGCGACGUACUCCCUAGGCAAACUCGCCAUGAACGAUGUAUACCACAACGACGUGGCCCACGCAGAGCAGUGCAUUGAUAGCGCCAUCGCCCUCGUCCUUUCUGACAAUAUCCACGUGCGGUGCCAAGCCGUGUCUGUGCUCCGACGACUCGCCAUCCUCGACACCAUUCGCUACGAAUGCAUGGCGUCCGCUCGCGUGCCAACGCUGCUGCCGUCGAUCGUACAGGCCGCGUCGGCCGCGUUUGCGCACGCGGACGCGGAACUCGCUCGAGAAAUCGCGGCGUGGGCGUGCAACUGGACAUUGAGCGAUGCGCACAAGGUCACGGUCGCGGUCUCGCCGCUCCUGGUGCAGUUGUUUACGUUGGCGGCGUCCACAGACAUUGAGACCGCCAGAAAUGCCUGUGGCGCGUUGGCCAACGUUGCGGAAGACCAGGAAAGCCACUUUAACAUGAUCGAGUUGCAUGCCGUGCCGAGCUGCAUCCGACUCAUGCGGUGCCGGUACUUGACCGUGUACCGCGAAGCCAGUCGGCUGGCGGCGAACUUGAUGUCGUCCGUGGAAAUGCAUGUGUUGUUCUUGGGCGAAGACGGCCUGAGCGCGCUCAUUCGCGUGGCCAAGACGGACGACCACGAGUGCCACUACAAUGUUGCGCUUGCGUAUCAUAAACUGUGCGUCAACCCAGCGACUCAUAGUGGUGUCAUGUCGUCCGGCUCCCUCUUUACCAUUUUCAACCUCAUGGGUGUACACGGGCUGACAGUGCAGCGCCAGGCAGCGGCAGCGUUCAAGGCGCUUUGUUCGAACAUCGACAACAAGCCGAAAAUCCUCGAAGACGGCGGACUCUUGGCCAUUAUCUCGCUGUUGCGGGCCACCGACAUCGACUUGCAGUGCAUGGGGGCUGCGUCAAUUCGACACUUGGCGCUGUACCUGCCAGUCAAGAUGGCGUUCGUGGCGGAAGCGGGGCUGCCCCCACUGUUUAGCGCGUGUAUGAUUGCCAACGCCGACCUGCAACUGCAAUGUGCAGGCGCGCUGGCGAAUUUGAGUGAAAACACCAACAACCAGGUGACCAUGGUGGCCCAAGGAGGCUUGGCCGCGCUGGUGGCGCUGUCGACGGCGACAGACGAAGCCAUCAUGCAGCAAACAGCCCGGGCGUUUGCAAACGUGUCGUCUAACCCUGAGAACCAAGUGAAUGUGUUUACGACAGCGGAACUCAAGGCGCUUUUCACGUUGGCGUCGUCGCUGGAAGAAAACUGCGGACGAGACGCCGCCUUGGCGAUUGGCAACAUUGCCGUGACGGCCAAGAACCAGCUUCAAAUUGCACUACAAGGUGGGUUUGUGCCGUUGGUAGCCCUGGUGCAGAGUCCAUUUGCAUCCUGCCGACAAUACGCGGCUCGGUGUAUGUACCGGUUGAGUGCGAACAAGGACAACCAAGCGCAUUUGGUGGACGCGGGAGGGCUGGGGCCCCUCGUGGCGCUCCUCACGGACACUGACGUGGAUUGUCAGCGCAACGCUGCCAUGUCCAUCUGCAACUUGUCGAGCAACGUCGCGAACGAACUGCGCAUUGUCAAGGCUAACGGGCUGCCGCCGUUGAUUCGCCUUCUGGCGUCCACGAACGCAGAGUGCCAGCGCUACGCAGCCAUGUCGUUGUGCAACCUCGCCGCCAACACGUCGAAUCAAAUCCACAUCGUCAAGGCGGGGGGGCUCUCCCCAUUGAUUCAAGUCGCAGCUACCAACCCCCACGAGAGCGAGAGCGCGCGGUAUGCGUGUAUGGCCAUCUCCAACAUCUCCACCCACCGUCAGAAUCGGUUGGUCGUCGUGGACCAAGGCGCCCUGACGCCGAUCAGUCAACUCGCCAUGUCGCCGAUCCUCGAGUGCCAGCGCAGCGCCACACUUGCCAUCUACAACGUGUCGUGCGCAGCACUGAACCAGCUCCGCAUUGUCGACCAAGGCGUUUGCGUCCACUUGAUCAAGCUCGCCACGUCACCAGACACGGACACGAAGUUGUAUGCGAUCAUGGCUAUGUGCAACUUGACCGCCAACGCCGAGACUCGCGUGGCGGCAUCUCGAUCGGGUGGACUGCAAGCGUUGGUGCUUGGCGCAAAGGAUAUUGACAUGGCUAUCCGGCGGUACGCGUGCAUCGCCAUCUGCAAUUUGGGAUGUGAUCCCCAACUCCAAGUGCAAGUAGUGGUCCACGGUGGCCUCUCUGCAAUCAUUUCCAUGAGUGAAUCGGUCGACGUGAUCGAUCAGCGGUAUGCGGUCAUGGCGCUGUCCAAUCUGGCGGCCAACGAAACCAACCACCCGACCAUGAUUGCCCGCGGCGUACUCAAGAUCGUCCUUCGGCUAGCCACGUCACCCCAGGACGACAUCCGACAAUACGCGGCGUUUGCCUUGGCCAACUUUGCCGGCAACGCCGAGCACUGCAACACCAUUGGGGACGAAGGCGGCAUCAUUCCGCUCAUUGCGCUUGCACAUUCCGAAGACCCCAAUGCACACACGUUGGCGAUCGCAGCGCUGCGUCGACUCUGCCAGGUGUCAGCCGUGAACCGAGGACGUAUCGUCCGUGGCGGGGGCUUGGUACCCCUCGCCAUUGCCGGGCACUCCGAAGAGCUGGAAACACAGCGUGAAGUGGCCGCCACACUAUGUAAUUUGAGUCUAAGCGACGAGUACAAGCUGGAAAUCGUGGCCAGUGGCGCGCUGCCGCCGUUGAUCCAAUUGGCCCAGUCGCCAGAUGUGGAAGUCGCGCGUCAGGCCUGCGGCGCCGUGGCCAACUUGGCCGAAAAGAUUGAGACACAUCCUCGAUUCGCCGAAGCGCGCGGCGGCCGGUUUUUAAUUGCGCUUAUGCGGCAUAAGAGUGUCGACAUCCAUCGGGAAGCGUCUCGUGCGAUCGCCAACUUACUCACGAGUUUUGGCCAUCACGGGGACAUUAUCACAGACGGAUUGCCGGGGCUCAUUCAUCUGGCGCUGUCGUUGGACGUAGAGUGCCAAUACAACGCAGCCCUGGCGCUGCGGAAACUGUCACCAAACUUAUCCAGCCACAAAGGCAUCAUUGAAGAAGGGGGACUCAAGUCGUUGCUGUUUUUGCUGCUGGCCAAGGAAACCAACAUCCGACGACACGCAGUCGUGGCCCUACGCGACAUUGCCUCCAACCCAGCUUUCAAGUUGCGAUUCCACGAGGAAGGGGGAUUGGCAGCGCUCGUGACGUUCAUGCGAGAUGUCGAGCCAAACUUGCAGUGCGCGGCGCUGGCGGCGUUGAGACACCUGUCUAGCGCGCCGGAAUUGAAGCGCGUGAUGGUCGAAGAAGGUGUGCUCCGUCCUCUGCUCAAGUGCAUCAACCCCAACCACACCACGCGCCACUUGGAUUUGCUCUGUCAAUGCGCGGGGCUACUCGCCAACUUGAGUGAAAACAUGGCCAACCAGCCCACGAUGGUGGACGAAGGGGCGACAAUUGGCUUGGUGGCGCUGGGAACGAUCGACCACGACGAGAUCCAGCAGGACGUAGCACGGGCGUUGGCCAACUUGGGGGCCAACGAGGACAACCACGGCACGAUUUACAAGCAGGGGGGGUUGAAAUGUUUGCUGGCACUCACAAAGUCAAGGGAAGAAGUGUGUCAGCGGUACGCUGCCAUGGGGCUGCGGUUUCUGUCUUCGAAUCCCCAGAUCCGCGUACACAUUGUGCAAGAAAACUUGCUGCCUCAGUUCCUGUCGUUGGCGCAGUCGCCAAUUCUAGACUACCAGCGCACAGCCGCGUCAGCAUUCUGUUCGUUCUCGUUGAACGAAGAGAACAAAAUGAAACUCGUGCGCGAUGGCGGGCUCAGCCAGAUCCUUAAGUGCAUGUUGUACCCCGACUUGGAAGUCAUACGAGAUUGUACUUUUGCGCUGGCAAACCUGGCCGACAGUUGGGAGUACCAAAUGGACAUUGUGCGGGAAGGGGGCAUCGGGGUCUUGGUGCAAGUGGGCGUGCACGACGAUGCCCGCGUCCAGAGAGACUCAUCCCGUGCGCUGGCCUCGCUAAGUAUGACGGCGUCGAUUCGCCCAGACUUGAUCAAACAGCAUGCUCUCAAAACCCUCUUCUGCCUCGCGCGGUCGCUGGAUGUGUCGUCGCAACGGUUUUCAACGUUGGCCGUGUGCAAUCUCAGUUGCGGGGACGACAAGGCGUUCAUUGUGAACGAAGGUGCCGUGCGGCCACUCAUGCACCUGGUCCGGUUCCCAGACCACGAAAUCCAGCGAUAUGCGGCGCUGGCGUUGGCCGGGCUUGCCUUGGGAGACCACGGGAGCAACAAGAUCCGCAUGAUCGAAGACGGCGUGGUCCGUCCGCUAAUUGAAAUGUUGCGCUACCCAAGCGUGGAGAUUCAAAAGUGUGGAUGCCUUGCGUUGAACGCGUUGGUGUUGGGUAAACACGCAAUGGCCAAGACCAGUUUGAUGCAAGAAGACGGGUUGCUUCCGCUCAUGGCGCUCCUUAGCAGUGCCGACCUCGAGUGCAUUCGCAUUGCCAUCUACUGCAUCGGGUCCCUUGCCGAGAACUUGGACGUUCUGAUCAAGCUGAUCGAACUUGGCGCGUUGGCCAAUAUUGUGCACCAGUGCCGCCUGCCCGACUUGGAAGUGCGUAGAAAUUGCGGGUACUUUUUUGCGCUGGUCGUGGAACAUCACGAGUUUCAUGACGACUUUGUCCGCGAAGGUGGUAUGGUCACCGUGGUAUCACUUGCGUCCAUUGAAGACAUGGAGUGCCAGGAGUAUGCCACGUUCUCCCUGGCCCAUUUGGCCUCGAACCGAGACUACCAAGUUAAGCUCGUCGAGCAAGGCGCCCUGCGACCACUGAUUUCCAUGAUGUCUGUCAACGCAGAGCCGAGGCACUAUGCUGGAUUGGCGCUGCUCAAGCUAGCAGACAACUACGAGAAUCACCUCAAGAUUGCCGAAGAGGGCGGGAUCCAAGCGCUACUGCGGAUUGCACGCGCUCGAUCUACGGACGAAGAGCUGCAGUACAAGGCGUCCAUGAGCUUGGGGCAACUGGCUAGCAAUGCCACCAAGCUCAUCCCAAAAGGCAAAUUGUCUAAUGACAGCGUCGGGGGGAGUGCCUCACGUAUGGCCGCUGCGACUGAACAUCUGCAAGCGAGGAAGGCGAGAGAGCAAACGCAGGAGUACUUGGAGAAAAAAAUCCAAAAGGAGAAAAACAAUACCAGCACGACCCCGCGAGGCAGCAGUACGUAGCUCGGGGGAGUAGGCUGACACUGCAAUCCCUGAUGUUCACAAAUAAUGUUGCUACAGUAUUGUGAAUUCGCUGUAAACUCCCAAAAGUCGCGUGGUUUGUCUAAUCAAUAU